UUCUCUCUCCUCUGCCGCUUUUCUUCUCUCUCCCCUCUUCUCUUUCUUCUCUCUCCCCUCAACUGCCGACAAAACUGCUAAAAAGCAUUUGCCAAACCAAAACGCCCGACCGGGCUAAUUUAAAAGAGAGAAACGCCCGACCGGGCGUAAGGCUUCUGGAUGGCUCGCGGGAAACGCCCGACCGGGCGUUUUGUGUCUUGAAGAAUCGCCCGACCGGGCGAACUUUCUGUACUCUCCUCAUGCUUUUACAUGUUUCGCCCGACCGGGCGUUUUGAAGCUCAUAAUCGCCCGACCGGGCGAAGUGUCUGAUCUCUGCAUGCUUUGCCAAUUUCACCCGGCGAACUUCCAGCUUCCAACCCUCCUAAACUUCAAUACAAAUACAACUUGAUGAGUUAUAAUUAACAUAAAAGUGUGUAGUUUAGGGGGAAAAGUAUAAGAAAUAUGCUACGCAUCAGGUUUCCUCUUUAGCUGCGGCGUCUCUUCCAUCCUUUGGAACAAGCCGAAUCACAAACAAGGGAGUGGAUCUCAUGCUGCAGAUGUAGUAAGGUUCCAAUCUGAAAACCCAUAAAAUAGUGUCAAAGAAAGUUGUUUCCUGGGUCUAUUAGUAAAGCCAAUUGUGGCGCCAUGGAUGAUAUGUGUGAAAAAGAAAUGCCUGUUGAACCUAAUUUAACGUUAAAUCGUAGCGAAAGAUCAUUCCAAUUUGAUGUGGAAAGUGAUCCACCAAAUAAAAGAGCAAAGAAGGCCAUUGAAAAGGUGCUUUACAAGACAAGACCGUGUUUCCAAUUCCGUGCUGGCUCUUGUCCAUUCGCUGAAAAUUGUGAAUUUGCUCAUAGUAUGGAGGAACUUAGGGAACUGCCUCAUAGUCACAAGGAAGAACCGAUGCGCUUAUCAGAGCAGCCAAGGGAGGUAUCUCAGAUACCAGUUGUGGGUUUAAAUGAAGUUAAACAUAGACCUAGUCCGAGGCAGCACUGCAAGGGUUUUUUGUCUACGGCUGGUUGCCAGAAUGGUGAGAAAUGCCUUCUCAUUCACAAUGAGCAUUAUAUGGAAAGAAAAUCUGCAGCAAUAUGUGUGCUUCCUGGCUCUGGUGGUGGAUUUAAGAGCAAUGGAACUACUUCAAAUUGGAAAGCAAGGCUUUGUACCAAGUGGGACUUAACAUGGAUGUGUGGUUAUGGAAAGAACUGCACUUUUGCUCAUGGAUUAGCAGACUCUUCCCUUGAGUUGGUCAGUGCAGAAUUGGUUUUGUCCAAAAACACGAUCUUCGAAGCCACACUAGAGCUUGCAAAACAAGGAGUUAUUAAGCUGCAGCAUUACCGUGGACGGCAAGUGAAGAAAGAAGAUAGUGGUUCUUCAGCCUUGGGUGCCAAUCAGGUGGCGUCAGUACCAGCUAAAGCUUCUGUGGGUCAUGUUCCUUACUCAUAUCAUAUUGGAGCUCCACCACGAAGGCUGUCUGGUGAGAUACCGAGGACUGGAGAGAUAGCUAUCCGGAACUGGAAAGGCCCGGACAAAAUUAGCAAAAUUUAUGGUGACUUGAUUGAUGACCUCAAGUAGGCUUCCCAGUCAGGCAAGCUCGACAUUGAAGGUGAUUCGCGCAACCGGAUUGUUUUUCAUGCUGAAGUCGAGGCAUUUAGUUUGAAUUGUUAUGUUAUUUUCUUGGAAUAAAUCCCUUUUAAACAUUGAGGGAAUGCACUACAGACUACAGUGGACGCGGCUUUGGAUGAACGUAUUUGAUUGUUCAACUGUUUAUGUUUGCAUGUGCAAUUUCUUUAGUUUUACUGAAUGGCAGUGUGAUUUAUAUGCUAUUCGUUUAUUUGUUGGAGGAUUGAAUAUAGGUUGUUCUUGAAACAAUUUAAAUAAAUAUAUGGUAUAUGGAGUUGGAAAUGUA